CUAAACUGUAGGCCUACCCUUAUUUGACUUGUGUCAUUAUUUCACACCAGGUCCCAGCCUUUGGAUUGACGGAUAUUUUUCAUGCUGCUGUUAUUAUUAUUAUUUUUCAAAACACAGAUGCUGCGUCUCCGUCGAUGUUUUUUUCGAAGUAAAGGUACAUUGCCUAUACCUGCCACCGCCAUCAAGUCUGCAAUGGUGACGAGUUAGACGUUUUGGGGAACUACAUCUUGGAAAAUGAGUGUUCAUAUGAAAGAAGGGAGUCUCCAUAUAGAGACUACAGAUGAGGCCCAUACUUCCUCUGUUAAAGCCCCCCCAAAGACCAAAGAGGAAAGUACUACGUGUAGACCGUGGAAAGUACCAUGUGAAACUGCAAGUAAACAAGAACUGCAAGCUUACAUAACGAAGACCCCCUCAGCGUUUAAUCGACGGUUUUUCAGGAGGGGAUGCACCAUUUGUGGCCAGAGUCAGAAGGAUCCUGUACACAUCCCAUGUGGACAUGUUUUCUGCAGGCAGUGCAUUCUCCUACACCUGGAAACUCAGAGUGCAACUGGAGAGUACACCUGUCCUAACUGCAGACGUAGAUAUUUAACACGUCCAACAUUGCAGGAAAAGGAGCCAAGUAGUUCUGAUGAUGAUGGGAAACUGAGUGCCAAUCCAGUGCUGAACACACCCCACAAGUCUCCUCAAGGACAGUUGAAGCGACAGAAACUAGGAGAAGAUUGUACCACAUCUCACAGCAACAAACAGAGUGGAGAGAUUGUUUCGGAGAAAGAGGAUGAUGGGUUCCUGAAGUUUCACAAAGCCAGUCUGAAGAGGAGGAUUGAGCAGUGUGGUGAAAGUAUAACAAAAGCCGCAAGUCAGAACAAUCACAGGAUCAUCACAAAAUAUGCUGCAGACACAAACUUGUUUUCCUUGUUUGAGGAGACUGAAGAGAAAUUCACUUCAGUCUCCUGCAAUGACAUCUUCAAAGCAUCUGGUGUUAUAAGAACAGUAAUGACCCAGGGUGCAGCUGGCAUUGGAAAAACAUCCUCUGUGCACAAGUUCAUUCUUGACUGGGCUGAUGGAAAAGAAAACAAGGAUGUGGAUUUUGUGUUCAUGUUUCCAUUUUGGAGGCUGAAUCUAGUCAAGGACAUCUCCUGUAGUCUGCACAAGCUGCUGCUUAAUUUCAACCUAGAGUUUGACAAUUUAGCAGCUAUAAAGAGAUUUGAUGACUCCAGAAUUGUUGUGAUCUUUGAUGGUCUGGAUGAAAGCCAACUUCAUUUGGAUUUCCAAAGUAACCCAAUGCUGUGUGACAUUUUAGAAAUAUCAUCUGUUGAUACACUAAUAACAAAUAUCAUCAAAGGCAAUUUGCUUCCUUUUGCAAAGGUGUGGAUAACCUCACGUGGAUCAUCAACCAACCAAGUUCCCUCUUGGUAUAUCAACCGAGUGACAGAAAUUCUUCCCCUCUCUGACUCACAAAUGGAGGAGUGUGUCAAAAACAGUCUAAAUGAUGUCACAGACGCAAGUAGCAUCUUGCAUCAAAUCAAGUUGUCAAGAAGCCUCCAUGCCAUGUGUCACAUCCCAGCCUUGUGUUCAAUAGCAGUCAGUGUUGUUAAGAAUAUGCUUGAACAGGGGGAAACCAGGAUGAUUCAAACUUGCACUGAAUUGUACUCACAUUUCUUUAUUAGUCAGAUGAACACAGAGGCUGAGGCCAAGAGCAGUUCUGUGCAAGAUGAGGGUGAGAAAAUGGUCGAUGAGAAGCCCCAAAGAACAAAAAUGGAAAUGAUGUUGAGAUUUUCAGAACUAGCUUUGAGACAGUUGAUGAAAAGCAGUUUCACGUUUUUUGAACAGGAUUUGAGAGACUGUGAAAUUGAUAUCUCAGAGACUGCAUCAAUUUUCAGGAUUUUCACAGAGAUCAAUCAAGACAAGUCUGAGUUCUUUCAGGAGAAUGUUUUCCGCUUUAAGCAUAUGGGCAUUCAGGAGUUUCUGGCUGCAUUCUGCGUCUUUUAUGCCUACAACAACAAAAACAUGGACGUCCUAAAGCAUUUAUUGGAGGGCAAGUUCAGCAUACAGCCUGAAGAUGUUUCCCUGGAUACUCUGCUGAGAAGUGCUGUGAAUAAAAUGUUGGAGAGGAAGAAUGGACACCAAUACUUUCUGCGUUUCCUUCAUGGAAUGUCUCUGGAGUCCAGUCAGAUGCUUUUGCAAAGUGUAUUGACAGAUACUUGUGACAGCUCAGGGACAACUGAAAGCACACUGAAAUACAUAAAAGAUUUGGGUAAACAGGCAGAUGUCUCUAUGGACAGAUGUAUUGAUCUUCUCCACUGUCAGAUUGAAAUGCGAGAUCCCAGUGUGAUUGAAGACAUUGAAAGCCUCCUGAGAUCACAGAGAGAAUUUUCACUCUCUCAUUGGUCAGAGAUUAGCAUCUUAAUUCAGAUGUCAGGAGGGAUUCUGGGUGAAUUUAACCUCCAGAAGUGUCACCCUUCAGAACGCAAAACAGUACUAAGCAUGUUUAUGAGCUGUUGUAGAAAGGCCCAAGUAUCAAACUGUUUCCUCUAUGAGGAUUUGUGUGUAAUUGUGGCCUCAGCUCUCCAGCAUCCACACAGUGCUCUGAGAGAGCUGGACAUGAGUGGAAAUCCCCUGAGGGUCGCUGGAGUUAAACAACUGUGCUCUGCACUCAAAAGUCCAAACUGUAAACUAGAAAUACUGAGAGUAUCAAACUGUUUCCUCUAUGAGGAUUCGUGUGUAAUUGUGGCCUCAGCUCUCCAGCAUCCACACAGUGCUCUGAGAGAGCUGGACAUGAGUGGAAAUCCCCUGAGUGACUCUGGGGUUAAACAGCUGGUCUCUGCACUCAAAAGUCUAAACUGUAAACUAGAAAUACUGAGAAUAUCAAACUGUGACCUCUCUGCGGAUUCCUGUGUAAUGGUGGCCUCAGCUCUCCAGCAGCCACACAGUGCUCUGAGAGAGCUGGACAUGAGUGGAAAUAACCUGGGGACCUCUGGGGUUGAACAGCUGUGCUCUGGACUCAAAAGUCCAAACUGUAAACUAGAAAUACUGAGAAUAUCAAACUGUUUCCUCGAUGAGGAUUCGUGUGUAAUUGUGGCCUCAGCUCUCCAGAAUCCACACUGUGCUCUGAGAGAGCUGGACAUGAGUGGAAAUCACCUGAGGGACUCCGGGGUUAAAAAGCUUUGCUCUGGACUCAAAAGUCCAAACUGUAAACUACAAAUCCUGAGACUAUCAAACUGUGACCUCUCUGCGGAUUCCUUUGUAAUGGUGGCCUCAGCUCUCCAGAAGCCACACAGUGCUCUGAGAGAGCUGGACAUGAGUGGAAAUCUCCUGUGGGACCUUGGGGUUAAACAGCUGUGCUCUGGACUCAAAAGUCCAAAGUGUAAACUAGAAAUACUGAGAGUAUCAAACUGUGGCCUCUCUGCGGAUUCCUUUGUAAUGGUGGCCUCAGCUCUCCAGCAGCCACACAAUGCUCUGAGAGAGCUGGACAUGAGUGGAAAUAUCCUGUGGGACUCUGGGGUUGAACAGCUGUGCUCUGGACUCAAAAGUCCAAACUGUAAACUAGAAAUUCUGAGGCUCUCCCAAUGCAAACUCAGAAACACAAGCUGUUUGAAUUUGAUCUCAGCACUGGGUUCUGACCAUUCCCGUCUAAGAGAGCUGGAUGUGAGCAACAAUUUUCUGGAGGAGUCAGAAGUGAAGCUGCUUACAAAAAGAGUGGAAGAUCCAAAGUGUAAACUGGAGGUUCUCAAGUCCGAACCCACUCAGGAAUCACAUCCAUCCUCAUUGGAGCACAUAUUCGCUCUGACUAUUCUUCAUCCUACCACUAUAGCUCACCUAUUAAGAAAUCACCCAGAGGUGUCUUUAUCAUCUGAAGAAGAAAGUGAGUGUCUUGAACCUCAAGAGAGUGAUGGUCCUUUCAAGCUACAGACUAAUGACUAUGAAGAUGGUGGUGGUGGUGAUGAUGAUAACAAUGAUGAAGAUGAUGGUAAAUCCAGCGCAGAGACAGAGUGUUCUGGAGGAGUCUCUGCUGAAAAAGAAUUUGAGAACAUUAGUGACAGUUGUGCUGUACCAGAGGUAUUCACACCAGAAUGCUGUCCAUACAAUGAGAGGAGAUCAUACAGGUUUACUUGCUCCUCAGAAGGUCUCUUUCAGUGCUGGUACACAGGAUUGGUGUUCAAGAUGGAGACGGCGGGUGAAGUUCAGUACCGAACAGAGCCAUGGAACUGUGUACAGCUAGUCGAUGGUUAUGUACCAGCAGGACCCCUGUUUAAUAUCAAAUGCCCACAAGGCACUCUGUCACAGUUACACUUCCCACACUGCGAGUUGUUUUCUGGGAAAGGAUGCUUGUCAGUAAUUCACAUCAGUGACUCUGAAAAAUCUGAAAUGCUUGAUCCUCACGAGAUAACAGACAUUCACGUGGUUCUAAAUAUCAGUGGAUGCUCUGAAUAUGGCUUGAUAAAGAAGGAAUACACCCCGAUCCAUGGACUUGUGUUGCUAUUCCUGCAGCAGUCUACACUGAAUGUUCUGCUGUUGCCAAAGAAUGUUGAUAUUUCUGAGGUAACAGAGAAAAGGAGGGAGAGGAUUGAACCAGAGAAAGAAAAAUAUGUGGAGACAACAUCAAACUGCGUACUUGUUCCUGAAGAGAAAUACUGCCUAACAUGUGAUCCAAAACAUGUUAUAGAUCCUGAUACAGCCACGUUUGUUGACUAUGACUACAACAAGAACUAUAUCCCAACAUUUCAGGUUGAGUUAUGUGAAUGCGUCAAGGUUAUGAUGGUUCUGAAAGAAAAUGACAAGGAAGAGCCUGUAUGGCAGCGUACUGUAAAGCUAGCAGCAUUGCAGACAGAAAGAAACCAGAGAGAUUUACCAGACUCCAACCCGUCAAGCUCUUACACACCACUCGGUCAGAAGUUUCUCCAAAAACACAAGGCAGACCUUGAGCGCCGACUGACGAUCCUGGGUAACCUCCUGACCCAGCUCGAAAAAAGGAAGGCCCUUACUGGUGAAGAGAGGGAACUGUUGAACAGCAAACCCACCCGUCAGGAAAAGAACCACGUUCUGCUCACCAUGCUUCAGAAUAGAGGAGGCAAAGCCCAGGAGAUUUUCUACCAGACCCUGAAGAAGUUAGACCCACUGCUGGUGGAGGACCUGGAGAAGCCAAAUGAAUCUGAAGCAGAAUCAGAAUCAGAAUUGACAGAACAAGUCCAAUGACAUUAAAAGCUCUGUGAUGUAAAGUGCAUAUGCAACAUGAGGAGACAUACAACAAAGCUUGAAGCUCACAUACCACUUUAACGCACCACAUUAACCUGAAUGGAGGCUUAAGUGCUUAAAAGGGAAAUCCGGCCAUUUUUAACUCCAACAUCUUUUUCCUUAGGGUCAUCCCGUGUUAGGGUAACCAAAAACCCCAACAAAAAUUGAUUCAAGCAAACCGGAGAUCUUGUUUUACAUCACAGAUGUAUGUAAAAACAGAAUAAAUAGGUGGGUGUUAAAACAAGAGACAGGUUAUCAGAAUGAAAUGAUGAGAGAAAGUGCUCUGGCAUUGGGGAGGAGAUUAGUCUUUGUUUGAGUUUGACAUGGUUAUGGCCCUGGGGAUGAAGCUGUCUCUGAGUCUAUUGGUUCUGGAUUUGAUGCAUCUGUAGCACCUUCCAGAGGGCAAUGGGUUAAACAUAUGGUGGCAUGGGUGUAAAAUGUCUGUGAUGUUUCUUGCUCUGCUGAAACAGCAAGAGUUGUAGAUGUCAACCAGGGUGGGGAGGGGCAGCUGACAAGUUUCUGCAGUCUUUACCCUAACCCUGACCUAUUUCUAUCUGCUUCAGUGCAGCUGGUAAACCACACCGAGAAGUUAUUUGUCAGCACGUUCCAAAUGCAAGCUUUAUAGAAGGUCUCCAGCAGCUUGCUGUCCAGUGUGUUCUUCCUGAGUCGCUGCUGGGCGCACAACUUUACGCAGAUGGCUGCUUAUAAAUACCAACCUGCGCUGAAUUGUGCGUGCGUGCACGAGCGCCAUACUCCGCCCAUUGUCGUCCCACAAUAUCCCAUAAAAGGUCAAUGCGAAACGAUUCAUGAUUAAGCUAACAUUAAUACCAAACAUUUUAUUGGCUAUUGUUGAAAUGAUGGAGACGUCACAUCAAUCUGGAGAAGGAAGUCAAAGUUGGCAGACAGCGAUAUGACAUUGACAAGUGUACCCAUGUGAAAUAAGUAGGUACUUAAUAACCGUAUCCACUUUGCCAUGUGUUUGGGCUCAUCAUAUACAGCGCACCAUAAGGUGCAAAGUAUUAAUAUUUGUACUGAAACAUAUACCAUAUGGCUAAUAAUGGGUGGGGAAUUAUUUCUUAUCAGCUGGGUUUCUGGUUGUCUCAGAAUACCUUGCGGUCUAGUAAUCUGUGGCUUAAAUGAGAGAAAAGAUGUAAGAUGAGUGUAGCGAUGUUCAGUGGUGUGCAUUUUAAUAGAAUAAAUCUUCUAGGAGACUUAGAGAAAAGGUUUUAUGGCUUCCUAUUAUAGGCGCUUAUUUUGUUCACAAAAGCAACAUCUCCUUACACUUAAGUGGGUGUCAAUGUCAGCAGAAGUCAACAUAAAAAAAAAUGGCAUUAAUUUGAAUGAAUUUCGCAUUAGGCUACACUGUAAACAUUAAUAUUAUUUAGGCUAGCAGUCAGCGCAAGUAGCCUAGUAGAUUGCACUGUGGGGAAAGGCAUGAUUUAUUAAGAAACUAUCAAUAUCUUACUAAACAUGAUUUACUGAAAAUGUUUGCAGUUUAGUGUAGACCUAUUUGGCUGCAGCCUUGGCUACAAACCUCAUAGCCUGCGAUAUGAAUUAAUGAUAGUGAUCACAAAGGUACAGUAGUAACAUAAUAAUAUGCUGAAGUAUUGAGCCCUUUUUUAUGCCCUCUGAGCUUUAUUUUGUGAUUUCAAAAGUAAAAUAAGAGAGUAAUCCGCACACCAUAUAACUCCCUUGGUGUGUAGAUCACUCUCUCUUGUUUUACUUUUGGAGUUAUUUCUCUGAUCCAGCACGGUGAAAAGGGAUGUGCGUGGUCACAUGUCUACUUUCUUUUGUGAUUUCACCAUUAGAUGUUGCUGAUUCACAUGUCUGAUAACCUUUAUGUGUAACAGCCUUUAUAAAGUAGCCCCCAGGAGAGGUCCACAGAGAUGUAGGUGCCAAGAAACUUGAAGGUUUUUACCCUAUCUACACAGACACCAUUAAUGUAGUGGGGUGUGGUCAGCUCUGUUAGUCCCCAGUAUGAUUUCUUUGGUUUUGGUUUAGAAUUAGGUUGUUGGCCGAGCACCACUUUGUCAGCGCAUGGUCCUCGUUCCAGUAAGCUCUGAGUCACGGCAUUGUAGAACUCAGGAUUCUAGAACGGAUAGUUCCGGUCCUUGAUUAUGAUUGGCUGAAUCGGGUUUGAUGCCGUUUUAAAAUCCAGCACAAACAUACAGUACACCUUGAUGGCAUUUCGUUCUGUAUUACUGUGCUACCACAACUUGAUACAAAAGUUAGAGUUGCUGCGUCUCAUUGUUACUUGGCAACCAUUCUGAUAUAUUUUUUGGCGGAAGAAUGAUUAUCUAUUAAUCAAGAAUGUGGAAGAAUGAUUAUCUAUUAAUAAAUCAUUACAUUUCUCAUUGCUGUGCCUUUAUUUUAUGAAAUCUUGCCAGAUGUAGUAACCAUUAAAGAAAAGUAAUAAGCCACUUGAGUCCAUUAAACUGAUUUUAGAACAAGCAUGACACAUAAAUGGCACAGCCUAUUCUGAAGAGCAGCGAAUGUCUUUGUCAGUUGCAGCAUAGGCCUACUGUAUGUGUUGUUUUCUGACAGAUUUAAAUGGUCUUGUCCUCUGGUACUUUUGGUGGCAUAUUUUAUAAACAGCAACUUCACAGAGUUACAGAGCUUCCAAAGAGUUAUUUUAUGAAAAAUGCCCUGGAUGUAGACAGAAGAAUUCAACCUUGAAUUCCUGAAUGUAGUGAUUGUAUGUUGACAUCAAAUUAAUAUUCUACAUAUGCUUUGUUGUGAUCAUGUUUGUUUAUCAUGUACAUACUAUAUGUAAAAUAUUUGUAUACUUUUUGAUAAAAGUACUGUAUGUA